AUGGACGCUCAAGCCUAUCUCAUGCGUCACGGCUGGUCCGGUCCUGGCAACCCUCUCAAUCCCAACCGAAGACCCGGUCAACACGGCGGUCUCGGGCUAACUCGUCCGCUCCUCAUAUCUCGCCGCGAAACCAAGAUCGGUGUCGGAAAAGUGCCAACGAAAGAUCCCACGAAUCAAUGGUGGCUGCGCGGGUUCGAAGAAGCGCUGAGAGGAGUGGGCAAGGAUGGUGGUGCUGUCGCGACGGGGGCUGCCGACGAUACGACGAAUUCGCUGACGAGAAAUGGUAGUCAGUUGUACAAGUUCUUUGUGAGGGGGGAAGUUAUUCCCGGAACACUAAAGGACAACAAGAAGAAUAUUGUGGACAAAGGAUCGAGCGAGGAUAAGGAGAAGGAGAAGAAGAAGCGGAAAAGGGAGGAGGACGACGACGAUAGUAUUAAGCGGAAAGACGAGAAGGAAAAGAAGAAGAGAAAACGCGAGACCAAUGAGCCCGAAACUGCAAAAACAAAGGCCACGAAAGAGAAAAAGGCUAAAAAAGAAAAGUUAUUGAUUGAAGAAGAUGCUGUCUCGUCUACUGACAGCAACAAAGCCGACAAGCUUGAAACCGCAAGGACGAAGAAAGUCAAGAAAGAGAAAAAGACCAAGAAGGAAAAAUCAUCAAAAGAUGCUGAUACCACUCCGGAGUCUUCUGACAGCACCAAUGCUGAUUCAACAGAGUUGAAGCACAGUAAUCGAAGGAAACGCAGCGAGGAUUUGGAUACUGACGCCGACAAGAAGGCAGAGAAACGCAAGAAGAAAAAGAGAGAGAGGACGGAAACCCUUCUCGCAGAGGAUGACCAUGUUCCAACCAAGAUAGAAAAGAAGGAGAAAAGGUCCGAUAAGAAAAAGAAGGAAAAGAAGAGAAAGGAUAAAGACAGUUAA